AUGAGCGGACUUCGCUUCCUUGAUCUAAUCAAGCCCUUUACGCCCCUCCUCCCGGAGGUGGCAGCUCCUGAGACCAAGGUGCCCUUCAACCAGAAGUUGAUGUGGACUGGGUUGACACUCCUGAUCUUCUUGGUCAUGAGCCAGAUGCCUCUCUAUGGUAUUGUCUCCUCUGACACUUCCGAUCCCCUGUACUGGCUGCGUAUGAUGUUGGCCAGUAACCGUGGUACCCUGAUGGAAUUGGGUAUCACUCCCAUCAUCUCCUCCGGCAUGGUUUUCCAGCUCCUCGCUGGUACCCAUCUCAUCGAUGUCAACCUUGACCUCAAAACCGACCGUGAACUGUACCAGACCGCCCAGAAGCUUUUCGCGAUCAUCCUCUCCUUCGGUCAAGCUUGUGUCUAUGUCUUGACUGGUCUCUAUGGUCAGCCAAGCGAUCUUGGUGCCGGUAUCUGUGUCCUGCUCAUUGUUCAGCUGGUUGUUGCUGGUCUUGUUGUCAUUCUUCUGGAUGAGUUGCUCCAGAAGGGAUACGGUCUUGGAAGCGGUAUCUCUCUGUUCAUUGCCACCAACAUUUGCGAGUCUAUCGUCUGGAAGGCUUUCUCUCCCACUACCAUCAACACUGGCCGUGGUCCCGAGUUCGAGGGUGCUAUCAUCGCUCUGUUCCAUCUUCUGUUGACCUGGUCCGACAAGCAGCGUGCUCUGCGCGAGGCUUUCUAUCGCCAGAACCUCCCUAACGUCAUGAACCUGCUGGCUACUCUCCUCGUAUUCGCCGCCGUCAUCUACCUCCAGGGUUUCCGUGUGGAGAUCCCCGUCAAGUCCUCUCGCCAGCGUGGAAUGCGUGGAUCUUACCCCGUCCGUCUCUUCUACACCUCUAACAUGCCUAUUAUGCUCCAGUCCGCCCUGUGCUCCAACAUCUUCCUCAUCAGUCAGAUGCUGUACUCGCGCUUCUCGGACAACCUUCUGGUCAAGCUUCUCGGAGUUUGGGAGCCUCGCGAGGGAUCCGCCCAGCUUUACGCUUCCUCCGGUAUCGCUUACUACAUGUCCCCUCCUCUCAACUUCAAGGAGGCUCUUCUUGACCCUAUCCACACCGCUGUUUACAUUACCUUCAUGCUGGUUGCUUGCGCUCUCUUCUCCAAGACCUGGAUUGAAGUCUCUGGCUCCGCCCCUCGUGACGUUGCCAAGCAGCUCAAGGAUCAGGGUCUUGUGAUGGCCGGCCACCGUGAGCAGAGCAUGUACAAGGAGCUCAAGAGGGUUAUCCCUACUGCUGCUGCCUUCGGUGGUGCUUGCAUUGGUGCUCUUUCCGUUGCCUCUGACCUCCUUGGCGCUCUUGGUAGCGGUACUGGUAUCCUCCUUGCCGUGACCAUCAUCUACGGAUACUUCGAAAUCGCCGCUCGUGAAGGCGAUAUUGGUUCGGGCCUCAAGGGCCUUGUUCCUGGCAACUAA